CAUUUGAACCACUACCUUUUUUGCAGUUUGUAAAUCUUGGUUGCAAUUUACUCACAGAACUCAGCUUUGGAACAUUUCAGGCUUGGCAUGGAAUGCAGUUUUUACACAAGUUAAUUCUCAAUCGUAAUCCUCUGACAGCUGUUGAAGAUUCAUAUCUUUUUAAAUUGCCAGCAUUAAAAUAUUUAGAUAUGGGAACAACACAAGUGUCACUUACAACAGUUGAGAACAUCCUCAUGAUGACACUCGAGUUGGAAAAAUUGAUUUUACCUAGUCGAAUGGCCUGCUGCCUCUGCCAAUUUAAAAAUAAUAUUGAGGUUAUCUGCAAGACAGUCAAACUGCAUUGUGAUGUUGAAUGUAUGACAAACACAACACGUUGUGAUGAGGAAGCAUCUCUAGCAGAUGCGGAAGGAGCGUUCAUGCAGGCAUUACAAGCUCGGAAGAAGAACACCAGCACUGAGCUGACUAUUGAGCCAGAGAAACCAAAUGCAGACCAAAAUGGCGUCAGUUUGUCAACUUUCAUGAAUGAACAGCUCGACUUUAACGAUGAAACUGAUGUUAUUGCUGCACUGAAUUAUAUAUUGCCUUAUUUCUCAGAGGGAAAGCUAGAAGAUGUAGAAUCAAUAUUAUUACCAUUCAUUAAACUGCUUUUGUCAAAUGUACAAGAAGGAAAUAAUCCCCUGACUUUGAAAAACAAUACAGGGAGCCUGUCUCUUAAACAUGUAUCCAACAAUGCAACUUACCAAAAUAAAUUGAGGAAACUCUAUUUUCUGGGAAAUUUGUUAGAUGCAGAAAUUCAGGAAAAAAUAGAUGAGGUUAAAAAGAGAGAAAAAACUGCCAUGCUUAUGCAUUCCAACUUAUUAGGUACCAAAUUUAAACGCCAAAUCUUUCGAAAGAGAUUGGAUAUGGCCCAGCCGUGGGAAAACAGCCUGGCAAAGAUUCAGAAAGCAAGUGUAGAAAAAAAGGUGGAGACACUGAACAGAGACAUCAAGGGGCUAAAGGACUUCUGGAAAAUGUACUUCCAAGAAAAGGGGAAAAGGAGCAUCAAGAGGAAAUGGGGUGCCCAGCCGUUUGUGGAGAAUACUGACAAAGAAAGCAAGCCCAGGAGGCCAACCCCAAGGGAGCUGGGACAACAUCACAUGGUGCGGAAGCCAAGGAAGUUAGAGGGAAACUCCUUCGAUGCUGAGCCUUCAUUCAUAAAGGAACAUAAGGCAGCAAUCUCUUCUCCCCUGAAACAAUACUUGAUGGGCAGGCCUUCUACCUCCAUCCCUCCAAGAACCCGACCUGAAGUUAGAAAUAAAUCGAAAGACUUAUCCUACACCCUUUUUGUUUUAGAAGAUGCAAAUGCUAGAGUUAAAAACAUGAAGGCUCCUAAACCAAUCUCAUAUUCUAGGAAUAAUUACCUCUUUCCUAAAGUUCGCUCUCACGCAGUCCACAGGCCACUCAAGGCCAGACCAAGUCAAAAGUUCAGAAAGAAAGGUGCACUCAAUAGACUUAUGCUUGGAAAGAGACCUCCUUUCUCUGCAGUGAGGAGCCUCAUAAAUUCCCCUGCACAAAAGGCUUUUUCAUCUUCAGGGGAACUAAGUUCUCAGGAGACUCCUUUUCCAGAAGCAUUUGGUUUUUCAGAAUCUCCCACAGAAAAUGCUGCUCCAGAAAGUGCUAGUGUAGAAAGCACUUUUGUAGACAACGCUUAUGCAGAAAACAGUACCAUGAUAGAAAAGUCUACACCUAAAAGUCCUGCCUUUAGGAAUUCUUCCACUGCAAAUUCUGCUAUGACUGGAGGCAACUUAAUGUUAAUGGUUAAACGAACCAAUGAAACACAAUGGGAAUACCAUAACUUGGGCACUGACUUAUCCUCCAAGCCCAAAGGCUCCACUCUGCGUUUCCUCCCAUCCCCGGGUGAUAAAUUUGAAACUCAGCUAAACCAGCAGCUACGGUCUCUCAUCCCUAACAACGAUGUGAGAAGGCUCAUUUCUCAUGUUAUCCGGACUUUGAAAAUGGACUGCUCUGAGCCCCGUGUUCAACUGGCCUGUGCAAAGCUCAUCUCCAGAACAGGCCUCCUGAUGAAGCUUCUCAGUGAGCAGCAGGAAGUAAAGGUGUCCAAGGCAGAGUGGGAUACAGACCAGUGGAAAACUGAGAACUACAUCAAUGAGAGCACAGAAGUCCAGAGUGAACAAAAAGAGCAAGGGUCCAGGGAGCUCACAAAGGAGGUUCCAGGAUAUGGCUAUAACAACAAACUCAUCUUGGCAAUAGCUGUCACUGUGGUAGUGAUGAUUUUGAUUAUAAUUUUCUGUCUCAUUGAGAUUUAUUCUCAUAAACUAGCAUCAGAAGAAGAUGUAGAAAAAGCCCCAAGGGGCUCUUUGCAUUUUCUGCUGCAAAGGAGAUGUGCAUCAGAAGAUGAGAGUGAGGAGGGAUUUUUCUGGAAAAGGCGGCCACUUUGGCUUAGGGAUAUGUAUAGACCUCUCAACGCCACACACAAGAAAAACAUGGCACAGAAGCUACACGACAAGGACUCUUCUGAUGAGGAUGAGAUUUUCAACAAAAAUAGAGGGGUGUCCAGCACCUCAGCAGAGAAGACUACGGGGACUAGAGAGACGACCGAAGAGCCGGGGCCCCCCUGAGGAGCUGGGGAAAAUGUGGAAGUGUUGGACACCCUCACCUGGAC